CACUACAAACGUUGUGUAAGCCAGUCAAUAUUGUUAUUAUAAGAAUUACUUGGUUAAAUUGGACUUUUCAUUAUAAAAAAAAAGAAUAUAAAUCUAAAGAAUUGGGGUCGCUAUUAGUAUAGGGAAAAUGCAGAACAUGGAUGGAAAUGACAACGACAAAGUAUUUCUUUGUAGAAAAUGCAAGAAGCAGGCAACGGUAAUGUCUAGAUCCGAAUACAGUUGUGAUGGAUGCUUUGUUCGAUCGACAGAAAAUAAGAUACGUCGUCAAUUUGAGCUUUUGCGUCCAAAUUUGGAACAUCGACGCUCUCGAAAAGCUUUGCUCGCUGUUUCUGGAGGAAUCUCUUCAAUGGCCAUGUUAGAAACUGCAUAUUAUCUUUCGCGAUACAGGAAAGAUAAUUAUCGACCCAUGUUCGAUGAACUCUUAGUCGUUCAUUUACAAAGUGGAUCUUUACAAGACGAAGAAGGGCGCGCAAAAACAAAAGUUAUAAUACAAAAAGCCAUAGAGUCUUAUUACACCCAAUGUGAAUUUCAGGUUAUCCAAGAAGAUGAUUUACUGAAGAAUGCAUAUUGCAUUGAUGCAAACGGCAAAUUAUCUCACGAUGAUUCAUCUAAUUGCAAUAGCUUUAACCUGGAAGCUAUUCCAUCAUUGGCUUCCAGACAAGAUUUAUUAUAUCGUGUUCGCGAACAAGUCCUUAUCUCGAUUGCCGAAAAGGAAGGCUGUGACACAAUCGUUUUUGGUGAUUGUGGUACAACGAUUGCCGCUCGAGUCUUGGAGCUUGUAGCUGAAGGAAGAGGAUUUGCUAUUCCUUGGUGCACGUCCGUUUAUUCCAAGCUUCCUGAUUUUCCAGUUUCCUUGUUGCGUCCUCUCCGUGAGGUAUUGUCUUCCGAGUUAAAAUCUUAUAUGAAAAUCAAAGAACUUGAUUACAUACCAACGGUAGUGGAAGAACGCCCUGCUACAAUCUCUGGUGUAGCAGAGAAUUACUUCAAAAACUUAAACGACCCUUUCCCUAGUUUAGUAAACACUGUUGUAAGAAUGUCUUCAAAGCUUAAUGUGCCGGAAGCAAAUAAAACCUGCUCUCUUUGUAAGUUGCCGAUGCAAGAAAACGCAGGAGCUUGGUUACAGAAGACUACUGUGCAACAUCCUAGCGAAGGACAAGAAGAUGCCGUUGCCAACCCUGAUAUCUGUUAUGCAUGUUCUGUUUCCCUUAAAAACAUGAAACAGCCUUUACGGAUUCCUGCCGUCAACAAGGAAGAAUAAACGAGGAUUGUACUGUACAUUAUAUAAUUUCGUUCGGAUUUCGUAAAUUUUUGGGUGAAUACUUAUUUAUGGGAGUGAUAAGGAAAGAAAAAGAGUAAAGGAUUGAUUAAUUAAUAAUAUUAAAGUGUUUUGUUUAUGCUGAACUAGAAUCAGAUAGCUGUC